AUGAAUGUUGGGCGGAUAGUCGCGAUGAUCUUCUUGGCAAUCAGACAUCUGUCCAAUACUCAUGACACCGUGUCCGCCGGGCUUCUCUUUCUCUUCUGCCCUCACCCAGGCCGCCCGCCUUUCCCUCCAUCCUUCCCCUCCUUCCGCUCUUUUCUCCUCUUUGUUCCGCCUAGCGCGAUGAACGUGGUCGUCGACGACCGUGACCCCGCAGUCCAAUACUUUCCUAAUUGGCGCACGAAAGACUUAGGCCGGGCUGUCGAGUUCGCUAGCACGACCUCCAACCCGGCCAAGCACGGGGAUGCUGCCCAACUCACCUUCUCUGGUACCUCGAUAUCGGUAUUUGGCACGAUUGCACCAGGCAAUGGCCAAUCAAGCAUGGACUUCAGCAUAGACGACGGCCCCGCCACAACGUUUCAGCCACCACCGGUACCCUCCACGGACAAAGAUGGGGUCCAUCAUCAGCCAUUAUUCGCGUCGACCGCUCUAUCUGAGGGAAGCCAUACGAUCCGGAUGACGUCCAGCGGCAGCGACAUCAGCCAGAUAUUUCUCGACUAUUUUCUCGUGCGGACGACGGAGGUGGCGGGGAAGAAGGUGUUUAUCGAUGAUGCAGACACGAAUUUGGGCGUUGUGUAUGGCGGAUUGAGUUCGUGGGCAGAGGCAGCUGGGGAAUCCUACUUUGGCCAGGGAGUGCACGUUACGCAGACACCGGGGGCGUGGGUUGCGGUGACUUUCCAAGGGACACAACUGACUCUCCAAGGCCCAUUCACACCCAGUCCAGACGCCGAUGACUUUUCCGCUUUCGCCAGUAUCGACAACGGCUCUCCGAUUUCUCUCGUCGCGCCACCCACCAGGGACGACACGACCCAGACAUUCAACAACCGCCUCUUCGCCACCCCGCUGUUGCCAUUCGGCACACACACUGUCAACUUCACCUACACUGGCGGCCCACCACUCGCUGUGGACUACUUCCUCGUGUCUGGCGCGCCGAACUUGAGCGCCAAUGGCAAUUCAGACGGCAACGGUUUUGUUGCCGGACCAGGCCCUUCUCUUUCCGUUCCCCCAUCGCCCAGCCCAACUAAUGGGCCCGGGAGCAGCCCACAACAACUCGGAGGUGCCUCCGCGCGCGCGGGACCCAAUAUGGGGGCCAUCGCUGGCGGAAUCAUUGCUGGUGUGGUGCUCGUUGCACUACUUGUGGCCGGUAUAUUCCUGUUCUGUCGCAGGAGACGCGCGAGGAAGCAGACGAGCCCAUCGAACAGCGACUUCUUCGUCCCGUCAGUAACGCAGUGGGCCGGCAAGAGCGACGCAUACGCGUACAACCCGAACCACCGCGACUCGAUGAUGACGCUGACUAACGGGCCGACAGUGCCCCGGUCGAUGGGGUAUACUGCCGACGCAGAGAAGCAGGAGGAGCCGCCGGACCCGCGCAAGUCGCGGUAUCUGUAUUACCCAGAGCCCUAA